AUGGAGAACCGUUUAAUAUGGUCCCUUUGUCAAGAAUCCCCAUCUCCGACAGUCAAGAUCGGAUCAGAUUGUCAAUUUUUGAUUCAAAAGAACUGUCAAAAAUUGUUUGUAAACAAUCCCCUUGCCAUCAAGUCUUCUCCUAAAUCCCUGGUCAAAGAGGGUGAUCCUGGAAAGAAGUUUAGUGUUUGUGUCCAGUCAUUAAUAGUAAAGAUGAGUAAGAGUAAUAUUAAGUCUGAGAAGCUGGAGAAGAAAAAGGAUUCCCAGAAGCGUUCCCAGCGCAUUGUCCGUAGUCAGCAGUAUGUGUAUGUGACGUAUAUGGAGGAGCAUCCUGAUUUUGUGGAGAACGAAUCGAGGGAGCACUGGAAGGUUCUGGCUAAGCGAUUGAAUGAGGUUAAUGGCCCGAAGAAGUCUCCGGAAGAUUGGAAAAGUACAUUCAUGAGAUGGAAGCACCAGGUCGCCUACAGAGCUCGUCAGGCUGCUACAGGAAAUAGUCCACUGUAUAGAUCUCUUACGCAAAUUGACGUAAGGGCUUUGAUUGCUAUGGGCAAGGAAAUUCCCAUGAAUUGUCAUAUUAUUGGUGAGACAGAACCUUCGGAAGUUCUCAAGAUGCACUUAAAGAGGCAGGCGGCCAUCAAGUGUGAAUCCUCAAAAGCGGAAGAAAUCGAGAUAGUCCAACAAGUCGAUGAGGAAGAAAUGGAGGAGGAGGAGGAGCACGUUGACAAAGAGGAAGAAGGAGAAACUGUCAAUAUUUACACACUGGAGGAAGAGGAAUAUGAGGUAGAAGUGCCCAAGACUAUUCAUGAGCCUCUGGUGAAAACCUAUCAAGGCAGGAAGAGAAAAGCUCCUGUUGCUGAAUCAACCAGGAUCCUUCCUCAUGCGGCUCCAUCGAAUAUUCCAAUCUGCAGUCGAGCCACCUCUCCAGAUUCCCCACAGUUGGUCACCCAGGUCACACAACAGAAACCUCUCGAUGACAGGGAUUUCCAGUUGAAAAAACGCAAAGUCUUGGCCCUAGAGCGUAGAGCAAUGGCUCAGGAGAGAAUUGCCGAUGCUUUUGAGAGAAUUGUCAAUGUACUUGAGAGUCGCUUUGAGAGAGAUCUUACAAAUUUGAUUUAAAUAUUUGACAGCAUUUGGAAAAAUAUAAAUGAUUCUACCUGGAAA